CUUGCUCAUGGGCGCCAGGCGACCACCUCACUUAGAGGGUGACCUCUUCAGCUCAAAGUCGUAGCGGCCACAUUGGCUCUCUCGCAGGCUUCCCAGGACGACAGCUGGGCAGGACGCAAGGCGGCGGCGGCCCCAGAUUCCCGUUCCCUCCAUGGAUCAAAUGGUGCUGCAGGGGGCCCGCGAGGCCUUCACGUCAGGCAACAGGGGUAAGAGCGACCCCGAUGCGUGCAGCGAGCACGGGGAGAAGCUCACGCUCUUCUGCUUGGAGGACCUGGAGCCCAUCUGCGGCGUGUGCGGGAAGGCCGCGGACCACCGAGGACACAGGCUCUAUCCCAUUGGUGAGGGGGCUCAUGACUGUAAGGAAGAGCUGAAGGGUGCCCUGCUGCCUUUGAAGGAGACGUUACAGCAGUACGAGCAGGCCAAAAUUGUGUGCGAGGACAUGAAGGAGCACAUCAAGAGUCAGGUUGAGCACACGGAAACGCAGAUCAAGACGGAAUUCGAGGCGCUGCAGCUCUUCCUGAGGGAGCAGGAGGCGGCCAGGCUGUCCUCCCUGAAGGCUGAGGAGGCUCACAAGAGCCUGAUGAUCCAGCAGAGGAUCGAGGAGCUGGACCAAGAGUUGGCCUCGCUCUCUAACGUGAUGCGCCUGGUGGAGCAGGAGAUGCAAACGCAAGAUAUCCCCUUCCUUAAGAAUUACAAGGACACGAUAAGGAGAACGUGGAUCAACUCCUUCGAGCCCGAAGGGAUGUCUGGUGCUCUGAUUGACGUGGCCAAGCAUAUUGGCACCCUUAAGUACCAAGUGUGGGAGAAGAUGAAGAAAAUAGUCAAAUAUAGUCCCGUCAUUGUGGAUCCCAACACGGCCGCCAACUGCUUCGUCAUGUCCGAGGACCUGACGGCGGUGCAGAACACCGCGGAGACCUUCAAGCUCCCCAACAACCCGGAGCGCUUCGACAUCAGCGCCGAGAUGCUCGGCGCCGAGGGCUACACGUCGGGCCGCCACAGCUGGAGCGUGGAGGUGAAGGACAACACUUACUGGGUGGUGGGCGUGGCCAGCGAGUCCAUCAACCGCAAGGGCAAGCACGUGCUGACGCCCGCCGAGGGCUUCUGGACCAUACGCUUCCGCAACGGCGAGCACAAGGCCUGCACGGCGCCGUGGGAGUCGCUCAACCUUAAGGCCAAGCCGGACGUGAUCAAGGUGCUGUUGGACAUGGACCGAGGCAAGGUGGCCUUUUACAGCCCGCCGGAAAGGGAGCCGCUCUACACCUUCACCGACAUCAUCACGCCCAAAGCCUUUCCUUACUUUUGCACGGCCUGCAAAGAACACCCGCUGACAAUCCUGCCCGCUAAAUUGACUCUUUCGACCGACUGAUUCCUCUUCAUGUAUGACCACCAACUCAGAGCUAGAAUAGCUCCCGAAUCAAACGAAGAAUCAAGUCUUUGUUCUUAAACAAGGGACAAAUUGUGGGAAUGCAGCGUCAG